AUGGCCUACGCGUCCAACGGUGUAGUUGGCGUGCGCCAAUCAGCGUCGACCAGCGAGAGCCCCGUAUACGAUGUGCCGUUCGGCACCGUGCAGCUCGCCAACGCCAGCGCCGACGGCUCGGGCAACUUUGAUCUCGCUGCCGGCUUCACUGCCGCGGCUGCCGAGUUUGAAAACCAGGACGAGGAAGACGACGAGGAGGGCGACGACGACGACGGCGACUCGGACGACGGCAAGGGCAAGAAGAAGGGCAAGCGCGCACGCUCCGAAGCCAAGGGCGAGCGCGACCUCAAGACCGGUCGCCGCAAGAUCAAGAUCGAGUUCAUCGAGGACGACGCGCGCAGGCACAUCACCUUUAGCAAGCGCAAGGCGGGCAUCAUGAAGAAGGCGUACGAGCUCGCCACGCUCACGGGCACACAGGUGCUGCUGCUCGUCGUGUCGCAGACAGGGCUCGUCUACACCUUCACCACGCCCAAGUUGCAGGCGCUCGUCACGCAGGCCGAGGGCCGCAAUCUCAUCCAGGCGUGUUUGAACGCGCCCGAUCCGCCCAACGGAGCCAACGAGAGCGGCAACGAAGAGUCGGGCGACGAUGCCAGCGAUGCCGACGACGCCCUCUCGCCGUCCGAGUCGCAGACCAGCUCCAACAAGCGCGCAGCGCAGAACCGCAAGCGCCCACGCACCAACUCGGCGAGCAAGUCGUCCAGCGCCUCGACGUCUGCAGCUGGCGCCUCGGGCGCUGGCGACGACGACACCGCCUCCAACCCCACCGCCAAGCGCGGCCGCGGACGUCCUCGCAAGGUCACCGCGGGCGGCACGGCGAGCUACGCCGACACUGGCGCGGCUGCAGGCGCGGCUGCGGGCUCGGCGGGAUCCUCAGCGGCCAACGGUGCCGGGUCGGGCGCUGCGGACAACGCUCCUAUGCCGCCUCCCGCCAUGCAUCAGAGCUUCAGCGACGAUGCCGUACACCAGCAGCACCAGCAGCAUCAGCAUCAGCAGCAACAGCAGCAGUAUACGCACGUUGGAUCGUCCGAGUUCGCCGGCUACGGCAACGCUGCCUUCUACGGCGAUACUGGGUCCGGCAAUGCGAGUCUCAACCUGGGCUAUGCACAGCCCGGGGCGCACGCGGGCAAUCUGGCGGUGGAUACGAACGGUGCGGCGUGGAACCAAAACAUGUCGCCCAAUCCAAAUGCGCAGAUGUUUGAUACGCAGAUGCAGCAGCAACAGCAACAGGCGUCGGGCGCGUUCAACUAUGCCCAACAGCAGCAGCAGCAGCAUUUCGGUCAUUUCCCGCACCACAUCCCGCCCAUGCAGGGUGGACCUGCUUGGUGA